CAAGUGCAGUGCGUCACUUACUACCAAAGGACAUUUUCUUACUAGCCACACGUGGCGCCUACCGCUCUCCUUCAUCCAUUGCACUUUUCCGUUAUCUCGUUUUGUCUUCGUGCGUUUUGUCAUGGCCGCCAACGUCAGAGUGCGGCGUCCAGCUACUCCGCCGCCCGGUCUUCCACAUGUCGCUCCUUCAUCGCAUAAAUAUCCACCAAUACGGCAAGACCACUUGAGUGCAGAUGAGCGGCGAGAAGCAGCUUCCAAGGGGUACGGACCUGGACGAAGAAGUCAUUCGCCAGGCGGUCUCAACAUUACAUCUGGGGAAUGGAAACUGCUGGCGGUCGUCCUUCUAAUUGCCAUUGGUGUCAGGAUGUUCCGAAUAUCGAAACCAGAUAGCGUGGUUUUCGACGAGGUACACUUUGGUAAGUUUGCGGCGCGCUAUAUUAAAACGCGGUAUUUCGUCGACGUGCACCCUCCACUUGCAAAAUUGUUGAUCACUGCGGCGGCCUUCGUAUCUGGCUUUAACGGCGAGUUUGACUUCAAGGAGAUUGGGAAGGUCUUUGAAAAUGCGCCAUAUGUGGCUAUGCGAAUGGUACCCGCUACAUUCGGAGUCGCAACUGUUCCAACCGCAUAUCUCACCCUACGAGCUCUUGAUUGUCGCGCAACCACUGCACUACUGGCAUCAGUAUUUCUGACAUUCGAGAACGGACUCAUCACACAAUCUCGUCAUAUCCUACUGGAUUCUCCCCUCGUAUUUUUCACGGCCCUCACCGUCUUCUUUUUUGUGGGGUUUUCGAAUGAGGACAAGAAGGAACCAUUUACCGAACAGUGGUGGACGUGGCUCAUUUUGACUGGUCUGUCUCUCGGCGCUGUCGUAUCCUGCAAAUGGGUCGGUCUCUUUACAAUUGCGACGGUUGGUGUGUGCACUAUCUUGCAGUUGUGGCUUCUCUUGGGCGAUCUUCGUGUCAGUCCAAGGAUGUGGGCUAGGCAUUUCUUCGCGCGGGCUGUCUGUCUCAUCUUGAUACCUAUCCUUUUCUACAUGACCAUGUUCCAACUGCAUUUCCUUAUUCUUGGAAGCUCAGGAGAGGGCGACGCGUUUAUGAGCUCGGAAUUCAGGCAGACGCUGGGGCAUGGGAUGGAGGACACGUAUGCAGAUGUUGCCAUUGGUUCAGAUAUCACAAUUCGACAUCUGAACACACAAGGUGGUUAUUUACACUCACAUGCUCACAACUACCCUGGAGGAAGUGCACAGCAACAAAUCACACUGUACCCUCAUAGGGAUGAGAAUAAUCUCUGGCGGGUGUUCAAUGCAACGGUUGAUGGCUAUGAACAGUACGACUACGAGCACAAGCCUAUUGUGUAUAUCGACCACGGCUCCCACAUCAAGCUAAGGCAUGUCGUGACUGACAAGGCCCUCCACUCGCACGAGGUCCGUCCGCCCGUCUCAGACGUCGACUUCCAGAACGAGGUUUCAGGGUACGGCAUGGCUGGCUUUAUUGGCGACAUCAACGACGACUGGGUUGUCGAGAUUGAAAAGGGCGACAGAAAUGACAAGGAGUCGAGCAAGCGCUUGAGGACGUUGAGAACGCAUUUCAAGCUCAGGCACCUGAAUACAGGAUGUUACCUCUUCUCGCACAAGGUGAAACUUCCCGAAUGGGGUUUCGAUCAGCAGGAGGUCACAUGCAACAAGAACGCUGUCAAGGCCAACUCGCUUUGGUACGUCGAGACAGUUGCAAAGCAUCCACAAUUACCGGCCGAUGCUCAAAAGGUCAAUUACAAGAUUCCCGGAUUCUUGUCCAAGUUCUGGGAGCUACAGCAAGUCAUGUGGACAACGAAUGCUGGAUUGACUGAUCGUCACAUGUAUGACUCUCGGCCUUUGACCUGGCCUCGUCUUCGCCGUGGUAUUAACUUCUGGGUCAAGGAUCAUCGCCAGAUCUACCUAAUCGGUAAUCCAUUUGUUUGGUGGUCAAGCACGGCUUCGGUCAUCGCAUAUAUGAUCGUCAGAGGGUUCCUCGUACUUCGCGCGAAGAGAGGAUACCGCGAUUUUGACAACACCAAGGUUGCCAAAUAUGAUUCCCUCUGCAGUUUUCUCUUUAUCGGGUACUGCAUGCAUUACUUCCCAUUCUUCCUCAUGGGCCGCCAACUCUUCCUUCACCACUACUUCCCUGCGCUGUAUUUCGCAAUUCUACUUAACUGCGCCGUUUUCGAUCUCGCCACAUCGACUCUACGACCAAAGAUUCGGUUACAGAUCGCUGCCGUCCUUAUGAUCAUGGUGAUCAUUACAUACUCGAAAUUCAGUUCCUUGACCUAUGGCGAUCCUUGGACAAAAAAGAAGUGCACGAACGCACAGUGGGUGAAGACUUGGGACUUUGCCUGUAACGAGUUUUUGGAUGAGUACUCCCAGUAUUCAGGUGUAACUGUUCCUACUUUGAACCGGACCAUCCCGAUGGCAACCAUUGGCGGUGAACCCGGCGGGCGCGCGGCCAUUGUGGUCGAGGACAAGCUCGGGCAAGAUGGGGUCGCGCCGCCUCAAGACGAACAGAGCACCGCCGUCCUGAAUGGUGCACCAGAACCUGGGCGGGAUAUAUUUGCCAAGGAUAAACAGAAGGAAAUCAAGAGCCAGAUGAUUGCGUUGCAAGAUGUGCCAGUUAUUGUGGAUGAGAAGGACAUUAGCGUGGUGACGUUUGAACCAACCACUGCAGCAGCACCCGAAAUAGCAGCUGGGGGAAAAGAGGAGGUCAAGGUGCAAGAAGGUAACGUGGGUACCGGUGAGCCAGAGGAUCAGGCGCAUCCUGAAGUCAUCGGUAUCCUCGAAGAAGAGAUCGAAGCGAUAGUGGGUGAGGAUGAUGAUGAUUAUCGAAAACCUCAUGGGCCUCUUGACCACGAGGAGGCCAUUGCAGAUCAGGUGGCGCAUGAGUUGUAUCCAGAGGCCAGGGACGCCGAAUAACUUAUUCAGGAAUCUGUAAUUGUGUUGAGUGGCUACUUGAAUAGACCUCAUCGUGCACUCGACGAUGUUAACAAUUUACUCAUAUAUCUAUGUCUAUCAUCGAAUCAUCCAUGAUGUUGGUUACCACACGAUGACUUGUGC